AUGGACAACCAUUCAUUAGCAGAUGUGGUAGGUGAACUGGAUAAACAUCAAUCGUUUUCCUCACUGGAUGGUACUUUGAGUCCAUCGCAUUUGGCAAAGAGCAGUACCAAAGUCUGGAUCGAAGAUUUGAAGGCCCCAGAAGCCCUGAAGAGCGGUAGCAUGUCCACAGUCAGCUCUGGAAGUGGUAGCCCGGCAGAGUAUUAUAGUGUUGCCACCGACUCGGACCUCUUGUCGAUAUCUGAUACCUCUGACCCUGGACUGUGCUUCGAUACUCGGCCUCUCCCUCCAAUCCAGCAGCGCAUACUCGAUCACAUCUUGAGAGACUACCAGGCUAUAACGCGCUCCCAUAACGGAGGAGAUUCAUAUGUUACGCCAGAAGCAAGUGCCUCCAGUCUUUCUACGCGCAGCAAUUCUCAGUCCAGCUUGGGGAAGAGAAAGCCGAGCGACCAGGAGUUCACUGAAGGAUUUGACAACGGCCCACCGCCAAAGGCUGCAAAACGAGCGAAAGAAGAUGGUAUCCGCCUGAAAGUACUUGCAUGUCCGUUUUGGAAACAAGAUUGGGAAAAACAUCGCUUAUGCUGUAAAUUGACCCUGAGACGCAUACGGGAUGUCAAGCAGCAUCUCCAUCGCCGCCACACUCCAGAAAUGUAUUGUGAUAGGUGCUUAGAGGUCUUCGAAGAUACCGAUCGAUAUGAUAUACACUUGCAAUCCAAUGUGGCCUGUUUCAGAACUCCUGGAAGCCGCUUGGAAGGCAUAACGACGAUGCAAAGCAGAGCCAUCAGCAAAAAGUCAGACCGCAACCUGGGAGAGGAAGAGCAAUGGUUUACCAUUUGGGGCAUCCUAUUUCCCGGUGCGGCGAGACCGGCCUCGGCUUACGUGGAAUCAGAGCUGACGGAGGAGAUGAAUUCAUUCCAGGAGUACUGGACGAAUCGCGGACACGACGUUCUCAUGGACGAGCUUAAUCGCAACGGCGUGUGGUCGCUCUCUUCGGAGGAGCGAGAGGCGCAAGGAAGACAAAUCUUGGCCAGAGGUCUGAAUGCAAUCUAUGAACAAUGGGUUGGUCUCAGAAGAAAUGCUUCCACAACUCCACCAUCCUCAAGUACAUCGAUAUCACCUGCUCUCACCGGCCCCGUGGCGAAUUUGCGGUCACCGAUUUCCGAUGGUCAGGGCAACCUCAUAUCAGACAUCAUGCCGUCCGUACAGAUUGAUACAAUCACAGCAAAUCAGCCCGUAGUUGGGUUCGCAGCAAGAGUGGAUCGCCGGGUCGAAGAAGCAGGAUCGUCAGCCGACCAUUCUCAGUCUGCCUCUCAGACACUGCAGACAACCACCUAUGAGACUUCGCCAUUGCCUUCCGGGGGAACUUUGCAAUAUUAUACAACUAUUGAAGGAGAGCAGACAGACAUUGGCCAAUCAUCAUUCGCUGACUUCUUUGCCUCGAAUGCCGCCAUGAGUACAGACUUUGAGUUUCAAUAG